GGCCUGAACACCUCAAUGACCCAAUGGACACGUACCUGAAGCCCAAGCUUGCCCUAUAGGCCUACCCGUCAGUUUCAAGUAGGCAUGUUUGACUUUCGGGAAGAUCACGCAUCUGUAUGCUUCCUACGACGUUGUCAGUGCUCGUUUGGCGCCAAGCGCGUGGUGGGACGGAGGAAUAUGCGAUAUAGAUGCGAUUGUGUUGUGCACGUGAUCCCACCAUCAGCUUCAACUGUGGCUCCAGCCGGCCACAAUCCUUCCAACCUGAACUCAUAGUCGCCUCUCCAGAAGACGCGUCACUCAGCUGUUCCCACUGGUAUCGACAAACAACACGAUGUCCACCUCGCCUCCCCCCGCGACAUCUACGUAUUCUUCUCUGGAUAUGGCUCUGGGUUCCAAACCGGCGUUGCGCCCCUCAACUUGUGAUAAUGUGCCCAAUGCUACGCCGCACGAUGCAAUGCCCUUGCCGCAGAAAACCUCGGAUACUGGGUGUUUGCACCAAAAACGAAGCAUUGACUUCGACAACAACGAGGAGGGAGACCGGAAGAGGAUGCGCCUGAUGACCGACAACACUGACGCAGGAGGAGACCCGCCGCUUGAUGCCGCACUUGCCAGGACUGGGUGCAUUGAUGCUGAAUGCGGACAAGAGGACCAAUGUGUAUAUGAAGCGGAGACGGACGAUGCGAAUGCAUCUCUGGCUGAGGGUCAAAGUGCAGAUGCUGAUGCUGAUACCGAUUCCGAUUCCGAUUCCGAUUCCGAUGCGUCGUCAGUAGCGUCCACCACAGACGAAGUGGAGCCGUACCCCGUCCUCGAGACGGCUGAGAGCGAAGAAAUCUCAAUCUAUGCCGAUGGACACGUUGAAGGAGACCGCGCCCAUACACUGGUCAAUUGCCGUGUCCGGAGAUCAAGCAUGGAUUUGUGGCACGAGCGGAUGAUCACUAUCAUCUAUGCUAGGUAUAUUAGCCGGGCGAACAUGCCAGUGUCGUUCUGUCAUUGAUUCAAACCCGUUUGCCAUGUAGGUCGCGCUAUUACAAACCGGAUAUCUGUAUGCAAGAGUAUAUCUUGGCCCUGCCGUGGGCCUCACAGGGAGGAGGCAGCUGUAGCCACGUUGAUCUUCUCAGAAUCCCAUCGCCGCCGUGGCCUCUGCCACCGCGACUUCAAUCCGGCGAUGAAGGCUGGGUCCCAUGCUAUGAG